AUGGGUCUCUUUAGUAAGAAGAAAAAGGAAAAGUCGCCCAAACCCUCGGCGACAAUGUCUGCAGCACCUGCAGUCUCACGGCCACCUCCAACGUCAGUACCAAAACAACAAAUCAUGAAGAUUAUUGGAGAUGAAAAGUACAUCAGUCAUGAACGAAUCGACUCUAAUGGUCGCAAAGUCAUGCAGACACAAAAAGUCAAACUGACUCCAGCAGAGAAGGAAGAGUUUGGCAUAUCUAGUUCACCUCAGAGAGCACAAUCUCCACCUGCAAUGCGAGAAGCGCUCCCUGAACAAGCUUAUCAGCAACAAAAUCCUGUCCAACGAAAGCCUCCUCCACAGCAUCAGCAGCAACAACAACACAAGAAUGGAAACAUCAUGCGAACACCAGAUACUUCUACUAAUGAUACCAAAACUGAAGUGACAAACGUGUCCUUUGGUGACGAAUCGAUGGCCAAAAUCGAAAUUACCCGCGAAUUGGUCAAGAAGUUCAUUUCGGAUAUUUGGAAUCGGGGUGAAGUAGAAAUGAUUCCUCAAGUAUGUCAUCCUUCCUUGCGUUUCAAUGGGCAUGUCGGCAUGGACCGAGUUGGACACGAAGGCUUUGAACGGAUGGUGACUACUGUUAGAGAAGCACUGACAGACUACCACUGCGAGAUUCACAGCAUGGUCGUGGAAUCCAACAAGGCCUUUUGUCGUCUACGAUUUACGGGCAAACAUACUGGAAAUCUAUUGGGAUAUGCUCCUACGGGCAAGACUGUCUCGUGGAUGGGGGCAUCGGAAUUUACGUGCAAGAACGGAAAGAUUCUAAAAGUGUGGGAGUUGGGUGAUGUCAAGUCGUUGGAGGACCAAUUGAGAGAUGCGGACUGA